CUGUCCUUUUCUGCUUCUGUCUUGCUCUUUUUCUCAGCUCUAUCUUCUUUCUUCUCUCCUUACCGCCCCCCCCAUCCUGUGUGCCCACACACCUUUCUUCGAGGCUGGCCUGCCAAACAGGAUGCCACCAGGGAGGCCCGGUGCCAGGGUGGGAUCCGCAGGGACCAGUUUGGAGGCAUCCGGUUCGUCCUCCCCCUCGCAGCUGCCUGGCCUCGGAGCUGCCACCCUAAGCUGACUCACCCUGAGGAGAACUGCGGGGUGGUGGCAGGAGGAGGCGUUGGGGGUGGGGGAGGAAACCCGCCCUCGUUGGCUCCACACUUUGCCUGGGCGGCGAAGCUGGGGACGGCUAACUACAGAGCGCGGCUGCCGGCUGCGGGGCGCCCUGGCCUGGCCCCUUUCGCUGCGCUCCUGGGCUUGCGGGCUCCAACUUGACGCGACUUUUCCAGGAGUAUCUGGAAGGCCCGGACAGAAACUUCAGGGGUCCCGGGAGCGGCCUGGCCUGGGCGCGCCCCGGCGCUGGGCAGGCACCGCUGGGCUUAGCGGACACAGUUUGGGGAGCCCUUCUUGUGCACUGCAGCCUCGGGGAGACCGGGGCCCGGGGUCUCACAGGGGGCGCGCCAGGGCGAGCGCUGGCCGCGCUGUCUCCACCUCUUCUGGCCUCGGACCUAUGAGUGCGCGGCUCGCCUCUCGGCUUCUAACUCCGCGGCCAGGCAGGGUGAGAGCGGGCGCGGGACCCUCGAGACUUCUCCGCGGCAGCCGCGGGCCGCGCCGUCGCGUCUCCGCCUCCCUCCUGCCCGACGGCGCCGCCCGCAGCCAUGCUGCUCUACGCCUGCGUCCUGCUGCUGCUGGGAGGUAGGGCCAUGGGGAGCAGCCACCUGCGCUGGGAGCCCCACUGCCAGCAGCCAGUAUCUGAGGGCACGCCUGUCACUGCCGUCCUGCCCCCGCGCCUUGAUGGGCCUUGGAUCUCCACUGGCUGCGAAGUGCGCCCAGGACCAGAGUUCCUUACCCGCUCUUACACUUUCUACCCCAACCGCCUCUUCCGCGCCUACCAGUUCUACUACGGGGACCCCUCCUGCCGGGAGCCCACCCACUCGCUGCUCAUCAAGGGCAAAGUCCGCCUGCGCCGGGCCUCCUGGGUCACGAGGGGUGCCACAGAGGCUGACUACCACCUGCACAAAGUGGGUAUUGUCUUCCACAGCCACCGUGCCCUGCUUGAGGUCACUGAGCGUCUCAACCAGACUUGGGUGGACCAGGACUGUGCGGGGCGGCUUCCCCGGGCCUCAGCCUGGCUGCCCGGGGCACUGUACGAGCUGCUGAGCACCCGGGCCCCGGGGGACUGCAUGGCGGCACUGGGCUUCAGCAUGCACGAGCUCAGCCUGGUCCGAGUGCAGCGCCACCUGGAGCCACAGCCCGGGUCUGGGCCGCAGCUGGUCGAGGAGCUCUACCUGGGGGACAUUCACACCAACAGGGCAGAGAGGCAGCACUACCGGCCCACAGGGUACCAGCACCCGCUGCAGAGCGCCCUGCACCACGCGCAGCCCUGCCCCGCCUGCGACCUGGUGGCGCGCGCUGACGAGCACCACCCGCCCGUGCUCCCGCGCGCGCCGCCGCUGCCGCUGCGCCUGGGCGGCCGCUGGGCCAGCGCGGGCUGCGAAGUGCACCCGGCCGUGCUCUUCCUCACGCGACUCUUCACCUUCCACGCCCGCGGCCGCUCGUGGGAGGGCCGAUACCGCCACUUCUCCGACCCCGCCUGCCGCCGGCCCACCUUCACCGUGCGCGCGGCCGGCAGCUACUCGCGCGGCGCGCCCUCCUCCAGGGUGCGCGGCGCCACCGAGCUGGUGUUCGAGGUCACGCGGGCGCGCGUGACCCCCAUGGACCGGGCCACGGCGGCCGCGCUCAGCGCCUCGGAGCCGAGCAGCUGCGGGGGCCCGGGGCCCUGGGCCGUGGGCGUGGAGCGCGACGUCACGGCCACCAACGGGUGCCUGGCGCUGGGCAUCCGGCUGCCGCACGUGGAGUACGAGCUCUUCAAGGUGGAGCGCGACGCGCGUGGGCACAGCCUGCUCCUCAUCGGACAGAGGCCCUCGGACGGCUCCAGCCCCGACACCCCCGAGAAGCGCCCCACGUCCUACCAGGCGCCGCUGCUGCUGUGCGGGGGUCACGGCCGAGGCCCCCCCAGGCCCCCUACCCGGCUCCCCGGCGGCGGGGGCCCGCGUGCCCGAGCUGGCCCCUUCCUGCUCCCGCUCCUCCUCCCGCUCCCGGGGCUGGCCUCCCUCGGGGGGCUGUGACAGCGGCCGGGCCCCCGCGCCCCUCCGCCGCCCCUGGGCGCCGCCUGUGUCGCGCGUGGCCCGCACCGGAGCUGCCUGCAGAGUCCGGCUGCUCCCGGACCCGCGGUGAAGGGCGCCCCUGUGUGAGUUUCCCAACCCCAUUCCCGUUCUGGUUCUCCCCACCUCUUUGUUGGCGGACAGGUGCCAAUCGAGGGCCACCCUGAGUGUCCCUUCCUUGCCCUUGGGAUUGUGGAUGGCAGCGGGAAAACCCGAGAUUCUGCCCAGGGACCUGCCUGCUGCUCCGCCGAGCCUGCAGGUUGUACGGGUUAAAGUUUAUUAACUCAGAUUGAGCAAUACAGACUCAAAGCGGGGCCAUGAAUUAAAGAUGCAGCUUCAGGCUUUCAGCGCUCCUCAGCUUUCUGGUAAAGGCCUCGUCUCUUUGCGGGCACCUCGGCUUCCUGAGUUCUGACUGCUGGCAUCUGCCUGUAUCUGCCUGUGCUUCUGUGAGUCGACUUCAAGCUGUCAGCCCUGCGUGGGGAUAAACCCAGUUCUCCAGGGCCAGUGUGCAGGAGACAGGGCCUGAGCUGGGGAGCGUGGCCUCUGAGGACCCCUUGCCCCCACAAAACCCGGCAAGCGCCUGGGCUGGCUGCCGGGGGCAGGUCUGUGGAGGGAAGGCUUUCCCGGCCUUCGCCUUCGGAAAGGAAUGAACACCAAAGACAGCAGCAGCACCAGCAUGCUCGGUAACGAGCCCUGUGCCCCGACCCCCUAUUGUGCCGAUUUCCUGUGCUGGCCUGAAAAGCGGGGUCUCCAGAGCUGCGUCUUGGGGGCCGCCCCACAGAGGUCAGGGACCCACCAGGCGGGAAGCUGCCUCGCCCUGCGGCCUCACUCACGCGUCCGUGUCCUCAGCUCUGAGGGUCUGUCACGGUGGGGACAGGCUGUGCCCCUCCGGCGACCCCGCCCUGUUCCCAGGACCACAAGCACCCUGGGAAAUUAACUGGCAACGAGGUGGGCUCCAGGGUUUUCAGGACUGUGAGCCACUGAGUCACCCUCUCUCUGUUCCUCCCGAGCCCUAUCGCGACUCUCUUCGAAGAUCACGAAGAACAGACCUCCUUGAGGCUAAUGUGGGGUUCAGUCAGCCCACUGAAAUCCCUGGAACUUAUUACCCAUUCUUCUCUGGGGGAAAAACCCCCACUAAGUUAAUAUUCUCUGUAGGUCUCAGACAGCUGUGAGUGUUCCUGGCGUAUUUACCAAAGUACAGGAAAUAAUUAGAUUAUUUAUGGUCUUAACGCUGCACUCGGGUGGGGGAGCUCCUGGUGGGAAGGCGGUCUGUGUCAAUGAUAUGUCUACGGCUGAGCAAGUCUUGUAUCCAAGGCUUGAAGCAACCAUGCCACCAUUUAGCAUCAAAUUUGAAUCUUUUGCUACAAGCACCCAAUGAUAAAUGUAAACAUACUGCAUACCUAAAAUGCACCAAUAAAAGAAUUUUUAAAAAUUGAAUCUCUUAAUAAAGUUAAACAGCCUGAAAAA